CUUGGCCCUUUUCCAGCCGGAGAAGGAAGGCAGCCAAUCCACACCCCGGGACCUUAAAAUAGAGAGAUGACUGUCUCCGCAGCCCAGGAGAGGACCGAACCAACUAACAAUGGGGCGCUGGGGAGGAUGAGCGCUUGAUUGACAGCCAGAGUGUGUUCAGAAGGGCUGGCUGCGUCGCUGCUCGACGGCUUAUAUAGAGGCUGGUGGUGGGGAAGGCACAGAGAGAGAGAGAGAGAGAGAGAGAGAGAUCUUGGCGCAGCAGGCAAGCAAGCGAGAGCGCCCAGGCGGGCAGGGGGGAUCCCUGGCUCUUCAUGCCAGCCUGCUGCCGCUGAUCACCUCCGGCCGGCCGCCUGCUCCAUCUCCCGUGCCUAGAACAGCCCCCCGUCCACCAACCUCCGCUCUUCGCUGCGUGUGGUUUCCUCGCCCGCCCGCCCACUCACGUCGCGGUCCUCCCGCGGGGCUCCGCGCUCCCGCUCCAGCCAUGCACUGCCAAGCAGAAGUCCGGUUGGCUCCCCCGGGGCCGCUGAAAGCAGGCAGGCGGCGCUACAAGACUUUCAUGAUCGACGAGAUCCUGUCCAAGGAGACCUGCGAUUACUUCGAGAAGCUCUCGCUCUAUUCCGUCUGCCCGUCGCUCGUCGUCAGGCCCAAACCUCUCCACUCCUGCACCGGCUCCCCUUCUCUGAGGGCCUAUCCUCUCAUCUCUGUCAUCACCAGGCAGCCCUCAGCAGCGGCCUCCCACUUCGUCCCUGCAGCAAGCACUUCUCGAGGCCUCUCACCACACCCACCCUCAGGAAGCACCUGCUCAGAGACGCAGGCCAGUGAGACUCACGGGAGCAGCGAAUCGGAGACAGAGCAGCCCACACCUCGCUUGAAAAAGCCUCGCCGCAGCCGGACCAUCUUUACAGAACUGCAGCUCAUGGGGCUGGAGAAGAAAUUCCAGAAGCAGAAGUAUCUAUCCACUCCAGACAGGUUGGAUCUUGCCCAGUCAUUGGGCCUAACUCAGCUUCAAGUAAAGACUUGGUACCAGAAUCGGAGGAUGAAAUGGAAGAAAAUGGUCCUGAAAGGUGGGCAGGAGGCUCCCACAAAACCCAAAGGACGCCCCAAGAAAAACUCCAUUCCCACCUCCGAAGAGAUUGAAGCAGAGGAGAAGAUGAACAGCCAAGUUCACAGACAGGCGUUGGAGGAAAGCCAGGCCACAGAAGAGUGUGGGCUGAUCAAGGAGCAAUUGGAUGCCCCUUCAGAGACAGAGGAAUCUCCUAAAGACACAGCUGAAACCUCUCCGGGGGAAUCAACAUCAAGUUAAGAGGCAGAGAGAGAGAGAGAGAGAAAGCUACCCAUGCUCCAAAAAGGACAAUGUAUAAAGUGGAGGCGUGUGCACUUAUUCCCCAAUGGCAUUGACCAGUGUGGGUGGGUCACUGGGGAUCAAAGAGACCCAAUGUAGACAGUGACCAUUUCCUUCUCUCCAGUGCUGUGCAUACAUCCUCCCCACAGCUAGUGUGGAGCCUGAGUUCUCUUCCAAAUGAGACUGCAUGCUUACAAAACUAAUCUGAGACUCUGGGAAUGCAUGAGGAGCUGUGAGGAAGAAGCUCCAUAGCGACCGGACACACCUUUCUGGAGAAAUUGGUCCUUUUUCUCUUCCUGUAAUUAUCCUCCGCUUUGAAAAGGGUUCAGAGCAGUGACUGCCAAAAAAAAAGAGAGGGGUGUGUGGUUUUUCCCCGUUUUUCCCCCAGCGUAGCUUUCUUCUGCAACCAGUGCUUCAUUGGGGAGUGGGCCAAAACAAAGUGUUUUUUAAUGGGCAGGAUUUGGGAUGUUGAUAUUCUACCAUCACAAAGAUCAGAGCGGUAUCUUUCUGGGAGAGGGGAGAAGCUGGAGCAGAUUCCAGACUUUCUUGGGAAAUCUCGAGUUGCUUUCAGGGUUGCAGUAGGAAGAAAGCUUCCAAAAGGGCAACCUGGGCAAGUAUGAGAGGGGGCAGAGAAACUAUUGCAGCUGCAGGAGUCGCAACUGUGGGUACUGCACUGCUGAACGUAGUGGUGGACAUGAAAGCUGCACUGGCUCAGGCAGGGGCAAAAAGGUAGCUCAGUUCAAACUUCUAGUACACAUGUAAGGGAAGGGCCAUAGCUCAGUGGCAGAGCGACUGCUUGGCAUGCAGAAAGUCCCAGGCUCAAUCCCCAGCAUCUCCGCUGUAACUCAGGGUAGGCAAUACUGAGCAAUGGUCUGACUAAAGGCCGGUUCUAAAGGGCGGCCAGGUUGGGCACUGGCCCAAGGGCCCCGGAGCUACAGGAGCCCCUGAGGGGCCCUCCGCUCCCCUUCUGUGAUCCUUGCCCCCCCACGCCCCCCACACCUGUCAGGUGGCUUUUUAGCAUUGCCCUUAAUGAAGAUGGUGGUCGCAGCUUCCCUAAGGUACUGAAGCCGCUGCCACCAUCUUAGUUGAUGGCAGAGGUACGCACGCACAUGUGCCAUCAACAAAGACGGCGGCGGAGGCUUCAUUCCCCUUAGGGAAACCAUGGCUGCCAUCUUCAUUAAGAGCAAUGGUAAAGACUAGACAGGUAGGGGGCCGUGGGGGGAUGCGGGGGGCCAUGCGCACACACGUACGCACACACGUACGCACACGCGCACACACACACACACACCGGGGUGCCAGGGCAAACUGAUGCCCAAGGUCCCCCGCAUGCCUGGAGCCGGCCCUGGUCUGACUCAAUAUUCAGCAGCUUCCUAUGUUCCUACAGCUGGCUCCCCUGUUCUCAACAGUGGAGGAGGCAGAUCUGUGUUCCAGAAGCAGGUGUGUCCAGAGAUCAGGGCCAGCGACUAUGGGCACCUCCCAAGGCCGGCACCUCUUCUGGAGGCCCACUGUCAAUGCCCAGUAGGCCCCACUGCGCCUACUCUUUGCUGCCUGUUCAUCUGCCGUUAGCAGUAAGAGAGGGGAGAUGGAGCAGCAUCUUCCACUUGCCUCCCCAUCUGGGCAGUGGCUUGUUUUGGGACAGAAGGGAGAGGGCAAUCAAAUGGGCUAGGGGAAGGUGGACCCACUCUGAGCUGGGGAGGGGACAGACUGAGGUCAUCUUGCACAAGGACCGUCCAAAACAAAAAGCCAGUUCUGAAAGAGGCACAUUUCCUCUCUAAAAGAGAAAGGGGAAACCCAUGUCGUGAUGCAUGCAACAGAGUGCUGGCAUAGGAAGAACAUAGGAAGUUGCCUUAUACUAUGAUUGGUGGCCCAUUGAGCUUAGUACUCCCUUACGAGGAAAGGUUGCAGCAUUUGGGGCUUUUUAGUUUAGAGAAAAGGCGGGUCAGAGGAGACAUGAUAGAAGUGUAUAAAAUUAUGCAUGGCAUUGAGAAAGUGGAUAGAGAAAAGUUCUUCUCCCUCUCUCAUAAUACUAGAACUCGUGGACAUUCAAAGAAGCUGAAUG